GUUGCUGUCCUUCCCAGUCGGUUCCUCGCUUUCUCCCGCGUUGCACUUCGGGUUCUUGGUCCGAAAAUUCUCGCGCGAAGGGUCAACCAUCAGCCCAAUCAGCUCGUCACCACCCGUCCCCUCCUCCUUUGAUGGCAAAACCAGGUUACUGAGACAGUACAGCUCCCUCUAGCAAAUCUAGGGCCGUGUACAUGGUGCCCGUCCACCUUUCUGAUGACGUCUGCCUCCGCGCAUAAAGAUGAGAUGGGCAUUGCUGCCUACACCAACGGCCUGGAGGCCCGCGCAUCUGCACCUUUCUUUGUACCUGACGCACCAGUGCCGACCCAACUCCACCACUACGCACGCCUCGCGGCGGGUGCACCGCAGCAAGAAGGUAUCGGUCCCCUGAGGGUGAGUCUAGCCCUGCUCGCUAGAAAGACCCCCCCUCUCGCUAUGGGUCAUGCCUACGCAAAACCUUGCCGCGGCAGCGAGGGAAAGAAGGGGAAGGAGUGCGGCAAUUCAAUAUAAUAAGAAAGGCAAUAAAUACCUGAAGACACCAAGUAGUAAACAGAGGCGUGUAUCGCGACAGGAGGGUAAUUCACACAUUCUAGUUCUCAGUAAAAACCCACAACUAACCAAUGCUUCACAUAUUUUUGUGGGAAUAUAUAUUCUCCUCGGCCUGCUCCCCGGCCGGGGCCGAAAUCGACCUAGUGAGUCCCUCGCGGGCGAACCAGGACACAACAGAUAGUAGGCGGGUGGUGUCCCAAGGUGCAACUCACCGCCGCGCUGGCUCAGCGUGGCGGUGAGGAUGCACAGACGGUGGUAGUGGCGAGAGGUGUGUAUGGACACUGUUCCCGCGGCAGUAAUGCAAAGCGGCAAACUGCACCUGGCAACCACCGUCGCGGAAAGCGUGGCCCACGAAGCUGGAGGAGUAGAGAGAUUCGUAAACACCACGUCAGUAAGCACCGCUCGCGGGAGAAGGGAGACGACCGCGGGCACCGCGGGGAGGGAGUGCUGCACCCUCCUCGUCAAAACACCACAGGCAAGAACCGAGCUCUGCAGAGAUGGAUUGAUGCGAGGAAACUCGCCGCUCGGAAAAGACGGAAGAAAGCACACCCGCAACGCGAGGUGGACCGAGAGAGACACGAGACCGCAGCGGCCGUCAAGGCGGCUGCGAAGAAGAAGGCACGAGAGGGCGACCUAUCGUUCGGCACGUUCAACGUA